AUGCCUCCGCCGUCGAAGAAGCAAAAGUGGAGGAGGACCGACCUUUCGUCAACGGAGCAGCAUGUGGAAGAUUUGACUCUGCACGAGCGCGUUGAGCGUCUCGACGCGGCUGGCGAGCUCUUCACUCUCGACACAGAGGGGACUUCAGCAGCCGCGAAUCUGACACAGCGCGCACUGAGGCUCGUGAAGAGUCGGACAAUUUCCCAGGCCGACUGGCGGAACAAGCCGAGAGACAGCUCGUGCCUCGCGAGCAGAAAGGCGCCUCUGCUCCAGGUCGUUUCGAAGCACCACAAGAAACAACUCCUGAAAGUUCUCAAACAGAAAGAUGCCGAAAACGCACAACCUGCAAACGGAACGGCGCCUCCUCCCGCCUCAGGCGAGACGGCGAAAAAACCGCAAAAGGCGCGCAGUGCGUCCCACCUUGCCGUGGACGUCUGGGGCACUUCCAUCUCUGCGUCGGAGAAACCCUCGCGAAAGAAACGCACUCCUUCCUGGCCUGUCUCCUCGUCCCCUUCCUCUGCGCUCUCCGUCAACGCUUCGGAAGCUCUGGCUGCAGCUGCUCAGAAGAGCGAGACGGCCGAGCAGCGAUCAGACGGGAAGGCGUCGAAGAAAAGAAGGCGCGAAGAGACAGAGGCGCCAUCGCCCGACGCAGCCUCUCCGUCCCGCAGCGACGAGCGGCAGAAAGCCGAAAAACCCCGAUCGUCCACAACCCCCUCUUCUUCUGAGACGCGCGCGUCUUCUCGAGGCAAAACGACGCGUUCUCGGCUGACGGCACGCGCGCUGCGAAGCUUCGAUUCUCUGCGCUCCUUGGUGCCUGCACUGCAGACGCCGGAGCACGGCGAGUCGUACAACCCCUCGCCAGAGGCGCACGCGCACGCCCUCUUGACCGCAGCUGUAUGUACACUGGAGGAGCGCGAGCAGUGGCAGCAGACUGGUGCGCACAGUCGGAGUCAGCAUCUGCUGCCUCGUCAGCAGGAGGCGCUCGAGGCGCUUCUCCUCGCAAAGAGUGUGCAGGAAGAAGAAGCGACCGGGACAACCAGCAAAUACCGAAAACCCGUGGAUGCAGCGCUCGCCGAAGUCCUUCCACGUGAAAAGAUCCAGGAGCUCACAGAAAGCCAAAAACAGAGACUUCUGUACCGUUUGGUUCAUGGCGGCGAGAAGGUCGCGUUUGAUGCGGACGGAGCUCUGCGCUUUGUUGCGGAGGAUGCGGAGGCAGACAGACUCGGCGAAAGCGAUCAGGACAGUAGCGAGGACGAAACGAAAGACGCAAGCUUCGUCAGACAACCCGUGCGGCGCGAGAAGAAGAAGACGCAAGUGGACCGGAAUCGUCAUCUUCGGUUCUUGCAGCAGCAGAGACGCCGGGCUGCAAAACUGUCUUCGCGAGAACGGCGCGCUGCACUGGCGCGUCUCGACGAGCUCGUGCAGGAAUGCGACGAAGAAGAAAACGAGCGCGAAGAGGCACAGAAAGACAAGGAGCAGCGGUUGCAGGCGAAGAUUGAGGCGGCAAAGCAAGGUCGCGUGAAGCUGCGCAUAGGCCGAAAUCGAUUCGUGGAGCCGCCGCCAGCUGUCGCACUUACCGAAGAUCUCUCAGGUGGAAGCUUGCGGGCGAUGAAAGCUGUCAAGGGCGGCGGGGCCUUGUCCGCCCAUCUAACUUCUCUGCAGCGCCGCGGACUCGUGGAGCUGCCGCCCACGGGCGGCGCGACGGCAUCGUAUUUGCGGAGAGUUCAGAAAGAUCGCGCGCGCCGCCUGAGCAGCAAGAAGCCGAUUCGCAGAAAGUAA